ACACGUAGAUCUGCCAUUGCUUCUCUGACCCUGCCAUGCUGUUGCGGCUUCGCAUUCCAGCCUUUUGGUGGUCUCUAUGUUCUCUUUCGAACGCCCGUCGGUAUCCUCACCCUUCCUCCUCCUUCCAACUCAGCCUUUCUUCUUCAAGCCAUCCUCAGGUUUCUGGCAUAUUGGACGGUGAUUGCGAUGGUUUCUUGCCAUGGUUGGAGCGGAAAGCUGUCUCUAAGAUUUCAUCAGCACUUUCAAUUGGGAAAGCUCCAUGUGGCAGGGCUCUGUUUGCCUCUAGGAUUAUACACACUGGGGAAUGCAUUUUGCAGGUUCCUUAUGCUGUGCAAAUGACUGUGGACAAUUUACUCCCAGAAAUCAGAUCUUUGAUCAGCACUGAAGUUGGAUGUAUUUCAAAACUUGCUGUUGUUAUUCUAGUUGAGCAGAAACUGGGUCGGGACUCCGAGUGGGACCCUUAUAUUAGCUGUCUUCCUCAGCAAGGACAGCUGCAUAAUACAAUAUUUUGGAGUGAAAGUGAAUUGGACAUGAUUCGGCUAAGCUCAGUGUAUCAGGAAACUAUCAAUCAAAAGUCUCAAAUUGAGAAGGACUUUUUGGCAAUCAGACCAGUUUUCAAAAGUCUUCUUAAAAGUUUUGGAGAAUUUACUUUCAAGGAUUUCAUGCACGCCUGCACACUUGUUGGUUCUCGAGCAUGGGGAAGCAUGAAGGGCUUAUCUCUGAUUCCUUUUGCAGAUUUCUUGAAUCACGAUGGAGAUUCAGAUUCAAUUGUAAUGAGCGAUGAUGACAAACAGUACUCAGAAGUUAUUGCUGAUCGUGACUAUGCUCUUGGUGAACAGGUAUUAAUAAGAUAUGGAAAAUUUUCUAAUGCUACCUUGAUGCUGGACUUUGGCUUUACACUUCCAUACAACAAUUACGAUGAGGUCCAGAUCCAGCUUGAUAUACCUAAGCAUGAUCCUCUGCGUGACCUGAAGAUGGAACUCUUGAGGCAAUAUUUUGUGCGCCCAAACAAAGACGUGAAGGGAUUGAGUAACUCUGUCAAUUCUUUCAUAAUCAAGGAAGUGACAUCUGCUAAAGGAAAGGGACUUCCACAAUCUCUUCGUGCGUUUGCUCGCGUCCUUUCGUGCACCUUUCCUCAAGAACUUGACGAUUUGGCCAUGGAGGCCGCACAAACUGAUGGUAGGCUCGCUAGGCGGCCAUUGCGCAAUAUCAGCAAAGAGAUUGAAGCACACCUGCUGUUGUCUUCAUUAUUCAACAAAUUAAUUGCCGAGCACUCUGAAGCCAUUCUGUCAUUGGAAUUGUCUAAUGCUCCUUCCCUUUCAACAAAACUUGCUGUUAGAAGGAAAAUGGCUCGGGAUCUCCUAGUUGGUGAGCUUCGCAUUCUCAAAUCUGCUUCUGCUUGGCUUGACAAUUAUUGUUCUUCUUUGACUGGACGAUCUAUUCAUUGCUAGCCCUGAAACUUGACGACGAGUUUAGUAUGAUAGUCAGAAAGAGAAUUUUUUUUUCUUUCGCUUUUGCAAUAUUUAUAAUAUCCGUACUUUCAUUAUUUGAUAGUUUUCAUACCAAACAGAUUCUUGCCGUCUUUGGAUGCUUUCAUAAAGCAUAGCACCAUUUUUUAGAAUAUCUAUUAAUUCUUAUUCAUGAUUGGAUUUCAAAUGUAAUUACUUAGAUGACAGCAGAAAAACUUAUAUUUCAUAA